UCCUCUCCUUUUCCGCUGCUCUGCGCUGCUCUGCUCUUCAUCACACGCCGCACGGCUCACGACGCACCCACCACCAUCACGCCUCCGACUCCUCCGGGACUGCUCUGCUCGCUCGCCCGCCCCUAUCCACCCACCACCCCACCUUCCCCUCCCCACGCCUCCUCUCCCCUCCCCUCGCGCGCGCACGGCAGGCUCCGUCUCCGUCCGUCGCCGUCCGUCCCCGGAGGCAGAGCAAGAAAGUUGUCGGUGCAAGAAUGGGGCGCAAAAGUGACCUGGCUGACCAGCUGCAGGAGGAUGGCAUGAGUGCUGUUGCUGCUGAAUAUGAAGAAGGCAGUGAAGAGGAAGAAGAACCAUUUGAACGUGAAUUCUACAAUGAUGAUGAUGAUGACGACAGCAAUGGGGGUGAGCCAGAAACACAAGCUGUGGAUCCUUGCGAAGAUCCUUUGGCAGAAGAAGAGGAGGCUAAUGAAGAGAAGCCUUGCGAUGGCGCCGCCCCACUUGAAGAUGAGGAGUCCAGUUACGAUGAACCUUUUGUUGAUGAACUCUGUUAUGGAGAAGAAGACAGUGGUGAGCAGGACUCGUAUUAUGCGGAGCCUUUCACGGAUCAGCUCUGUGAAGUGGAGCCAUGUGAUGUUGAGGUGGCUCAUGAGGAAAAGUUUGUGAAGAAAAAGUACAGUCCUGUUCAGGCUAUCAAGAAGGAACAAAAUGAGGAAGAGGUCCUAAAACGGACACUGAGAAAGGGCAGCAGCCAUGAGCACAAGGCGGUACCAGUGACUGAUGAAAUUGAAUUGAAGCCGUUCAAGAAACGAUUGUCUGUCAGGUUUGCUACUGAUGUAUCUUGUUACACAUACAGUACUGAAAGUUUUGGUGCUGCCAGGUUGGAGAAAAGGAAAGCUCAGUUUGAUGACCAGGACAGCCACUUGUGUAAGAGGCAAGAACACACAGUUUCUUUGCCUCAGGACAGUGUCACGCUGAAAGAAGUGGAUGACACUAACCUGUAUGUGGGUAACCUGCCAACUUCUGUGACUUCUCACAAGCUCAUCGAGCUAUUUCUACCUUUUGGACGAAUUGUUCGAUCAAAAGUGGCGGAUGAUCGUUUCACUGGUGUAAGCCAGGGAUAUGGCUUUGUGAAGUAUGCUGAACCUCGUAGUGCCACAACAGCUAUUGAACGCAUGAAUGGGCGCCUGGUUGAUGGGAAAACAUUAGAGGUUAGAGUAGCUGCAGUUCCACCAUCAGUAUCCUAUCCAUCCAUGCAGGCUGUGUCAGCAACUUGCAGUCUGCCAUCAAAGGAAGUUGACCCGUGUAGGCUGUACGUAUGCAACCUCCCCUUAUCCAUGGAUACGCUGAAGCUACUCGAGCAUUUUCUGCCUUUCGGGAAAGUAACUGAUAUAAAGGUACCCAGAGAUCAAGCCACAGGUUUAAGCAAAGGAUAUGGCUUUGUGAAGUACUCUGAUUCUCAUCAUGCGGCUCAGGCCAUCACCCAUUUGAAUGGGUUUCUGGUUGAGGGUAAAAAGAUAGAUGUUCGAGUGGCUGAGGUCUCUUCAACCAGAACCAUCAAGGAAAUCGACAUGGCGAAUCUAUAUGUCUGCAACAUUCCUGCAUCCAUUGACACAGAUAAGCUGGUUGCACUUUUCUCGCCAUUUGGUAAGAUUACCCAUGCGAGAGUGGCUGCGGACCAAGGCUAUGGCUUUGUCAAAUUUGCCAAUUCUCAAUGUGCUGCCGAGGCUAUUGCACUAAUGAAUGGAUCACUGGUUGAAGGGGAAACUCUAAUUGUCAGAGUCGCAGGCCUUUCACCACUUGCAUCCAGCUCAGUUGUACAAGGCUCACCAAUUCCCUCGCCAGAAAUGAAGAAAUCUAGACUGUACGUCACUAACCUUCCGCGGUCGAUGAACGCUGAUAAGCUGGUUGAGCUUUUCGUGCCCUUUGGUAAGAUCAGCAAGGUUGUGAUCAAUCUGGAGUAUAGCCUAGUGUAUUAUGCAGAUGCAGCAUCAGUGACCACGGCUGUUGAACACAUGGAUGGGUACCUGAUUGGUGGAAAGAGUCUAGUAGUCAGGCGAUCAGACUCUUGUCCAACCGCUGCAGCAGCGCAUGCUCCUUUAUCAUCACAGUCAGCUGGCGGCACGCCCACAAGAGAAAUUGACAUGGCCAACUUGUAUGUUGGCGGCUUCCCACCAACGGUAACUGGCGAUCAGUUGGUCGAGCUUUUCCGGCCAUUUGGACGAAUUGUGCAAUCCAGGAUGUUUCAUGGGUAUGGCAUGGUGAGGUACAGUGAUCCUUUGUCUGCUGCUGCUGCAAUUGAUGAAAUGGAUGGUUACCAAAUCGGAGCAAGUACCCUGGCUGUGAGAGUAGCAGGCCUUCCUAAUCUAAUGCCUCGGGUGGAUUGUCUAACAGCACCACAGGUGCCUCCUGGCAAUGAGCAGAAAGAGGUUGACUUGACCAACCUAUAUGUAGGCCAUCUCCCGCUCUAUAUCACCACCGAAAGGCUGACCGAGAUCUUUCUGCCAUGCGGCCAAAUCACUCAAGCAAAGGUAGUCGUUGACCGGCACACCGGAGUGAGCAAGGGAUUCGGAUUCGUCAAAUUCGCUGAUACUUAUGCUGCUGCUGCGGCUCUCAGUUACAUGAACGGUUACCCGCUGGAGGGGCACAUCUUGGCGGUCAGAAUAGCCAAUGUCCAUCCAAAUGAUAUGAGCAGCUACAUGGGGCGUCUCUACUCCCAGUUCAAAGUCCCUGAUCCCUCUACCAUGGCGGUUGGAGUGCCAACAUCGUCGUAUUGGCCGCCGUGCUAUUCUGCUGAAUCAGCUUACGCAGAGGAUUAUCGGGGGCAGGGAACUGAUGCUGCUUCUUCUCAAACGUCUCAGCUGCCUGAAUCUGUGUCAGCCAGUUCAUCAUUUGCUGCUGAAAGGGAUUGGUCUCCUGUGUCAAGCCAUGUCGCCGACAGCUCUCAGCAGCAGCCUUCAGCAGGCUGGGCCGGUCCGCCUGGCUUCGAGCCCCUCCAUGCGCAUGCGGCAGUCUCUCCUCCUCCGCCAGUGGUACCUUGGGCUGGCCCGCCAGGCUUUGAGCCCCAUUCCAUCCCCAAGAAGGAAGAUGGCGCCACCGCGACUAAACCUUCCCAGCCUUGCUCCAAGGUCCAUCUGGCAGAGUCAGGAGGCAGCCAGAAAAGGCGUUCCAUCGUCUAGCACCAUCUGCUUCCUUCAGGGCACACUUGUGGUCCAUGGAGCCCUCAAUCGGCCCCAGAUGAUGUUCUUUUGUGCUCAGUGGAUCUCUUGCAUUGCUUCUGGCAGAAAGAAAAACCCAUGUGCUAAUUAGCAUCAUUUGGUUUAGCCAUGUACUUAACUAGUACUGUAGUAGUAGACUUUGGUAGUUAGGGCGAGCUCGAGCUGCUGGUAAAAUGAAGAAAAUUAAUUGUCAGUGUAAUCGUAUUGUUAAUUAACCUGCAUGCAUAUAGCAGCCUUGCAUGGUUAUUUGUGAUGCCAACUGAUGACCACCAUUUCACCAGUUUCAGUUCCAUUCCCAUGCUAUCAAUGCUUGCUGGUGUGAUGCAUUCUGAACUUUUAACUAUGCUAUCAAUGUA